AGGGCUUGGGGUUCGCUCGCCAGCCGUCGCCGGCAUGCAGGUGUCAUUGGUGUGCACGGACCACCGGGCGGUGAACCGCAGCACGGAGGACCGGCUGAACCGGCAGAAUGCCAACAGCCCCACCACCAAGAGCAAGUUCCGCGCCGUGGCCAUGGUGGCCCGCAGCCUCGGCCAGAUGUCCGUCCAGAACGCGCCCUCCUCCAGUGACCAGUGCUUACGGACGGGCAUGAAGUAUAGAAACCUUGGGAAAUCAGGUUUAAGAGUCUCCUGUCUUGGAUUAGGAACAUGGGUGACCUUCGGCGGGCAGAUCACAGACGAGAUGGCAGAGCAGCUGAUGACUCUGGCGUAUGAGAAUGGGAUCAAUCUGUUUGACACGGCUGAGGUCUACGCUGCGGGGAAGGCCGAGGUGGUGCUGGGUAGUAUCAUCAAGAAGAAAGGAUGGAGGCGCUCCAGUCUGGUCAUCACCACCAAGAUCUACUGGGGCGGAAAGGCAGAGACAGAGCGAGGACUGUCCAGAAAGCACAUAAUAGAAGGUUUACGAGCAUCACUGGAGCGUCUACAGUUAGAAUAUGUGGAUGUUGUGUUUGCAAACAGACCCGACCCCAACACACCUAUGGAAGGAGAUCCAUUUAACACCUCAAAAUCAAGAACAUUCAUCAUAGAAGAGACGGUGCGGGCAAUGACCCACGUAAUCAACCAGGGAAUGGCCAUGUACUGGGGCACCUCUCGCUGGAGCUCCAUGGAGAUCAUGGAGGCGUAUUCGGUGGCGCGGCAGUUCAACCUCAUCCCUCCCAUCUGUGAGCAGGCGGAGUACCACAUGUUCCAGAGGGAGAAGGUGGAGGUACAGCUGCCGGAACUCUACCACAAAAUAGGUGUGGGGGCGAUGACGUGGUCCCCGCUGGCAUGUGGCAUCAUCUCGGGCAAAUAUGACAGCGGUGUGCCCACCUACUCCAGAGCCUCUCUGAAGGGCUACCAGUGGCUGAAGGACAAGAUCUUGAGCGAGGAGGGCCGGCGCCAGCAGGCGAAGCUGAAAGAGCUGCAGGCCAUCGCCGAGCGACUCGGCUGCACCCUGCCGCAGCUCGCCAUCGCGUGGUGUUUGCGGAACGAAGGGGUGAGUUCAGUGCUACUAGGGGCAUCCAGCACCGACCAGUUGAUGGAGAACAUCGGGGCAAUCCAGGUACUCCCAAAGUUGUCGUCUUCGAUCGUGCAUGAGGUGGAUAGUAUCCUAGGCAACAAACCCUACAGUAAAAAGGACUACCGGUCUUAGGGGAGCAGCGAGGGAGUUGGAUGUUCUGGCCUAUACCUCUCCAGAGCCGGCGCUUUUCACCGCACCAGACAUCGGCAAGACGGAUUGGCACGGUCACAGAGUCCCCGGUUGGACACUGGUGAAUGACAUGAAUUAUGUGGAUUCC